GGCGAGGCGCGAGUGGUAGAUCAGAACCAGCUGAUUCGGCAGCGCCUCAGUGCCUUCCUCGAACGGCGGCCCAGCUGGGAGCAGCUCAUUGAGUUGGGGAUCCUGGGGCGCCAGGAGCGCUUUGGCCUGGCACAACAGGUGGUGGACGAACUGCUGCGGAGCCGCUUGAAGGCUCAGGAGGAGGAGUUGGCCCGGCCUCCUGCCGGAGAGCGGAGCUACAGCGCGCAGAUGCUGCAGCAGUUACAGCCCAGCGGAGAGAGGUGGCAGGCGCAGCUGCAGAGGCUGAAGCAGCUGCAUCAGAUGAAGCAGCAGGAGAUGAAGGCAACUGAAAAGAGGUGGCAGGAAGCAGCUGCGGAGUGUCAAAGGCAAUCUUGCAGCCCUGCAGUGCCGCAGCUGGUGAAACGUCUUCAAGCUGCAGUGCAGAACCUUGUUCACGAGCAGGCCUUCGAACCGACUGGCUUGCAACUGCCCAUACAGUGCCCUCAGUUUGAGCUUGCAUUAGAAGACGUGCCUUGGUGGACCUUUUUAGCUGGACUAACCUGCGGUGUGCUGCUUGGACCUCUCAUCGACCUGGUGAGCUUGGAGGUGAAGCUUCUGCGUGAGGAGUUGCGACACCUGACGCUGAGGGUUGACAGACAAGGAGAUCAGUUGGACGAGCUGAGUGAGUCCGUUGUUGGGACUUCAGUCCGGUCUUUUGAGGUUGUGAGUUCUGGAGGAGCAUCUUCAGUGCCUGCAGGGAACCUAACAGCUGGAAGUGCGACUAGUUUUGAGGCCGCCGAUCCGGUUGGGCCUUAUCCUUGGCCUUUGCGUGAGGCUGUGGCAAGAGACAUUGGGGCAUUUUUGAAGCGCUGCUUGGACGGUGAACACAGAGGAGAGUCUGGGCGAGAUCGCAUCAAGGGUCUGCAGAGCAGGGUGUACAUUGUAGUCAGGGAUUUUGACCGCAAAGUUUACAAUCCUCCGUUGCUGCUGAAAACUUUUGGUGAGGUCAAAGGGUAUUGCAAGAGAGACGGGAGCUGCGGUGAUUCGAUCUUCAUCGGACUCUCGAUGACUGAACCCAGCUUGGAUGGUGAGCCCUUAUCCGACCCGGGUGCUCACGGUGAUUCAGAAGGGGCGGAACCAGUGGCUUUAGGGCCACGCGAUUUUGUAGUGGCGCAAGAAGACGGCACGGCUGAUUUCCUUUACCGAGUGGGAAGACUUCCCUUGCCUGAGCAUGGGCUAUUGACUGCAGUGGUUGCAGUUGCUGAUAUCGACGGAAAGCUGCUUGUUGCACUGCCAGAAGGUGUCUGGAACAGAUCAGUUGCGAAGCGACUCCUACCUCAGAGGGCUAUUGCAAAACCGCUUUUGUGCUCUGUGGCCGCUUGUCAGUCUGAAAAGCGGGAAGUUUUGGGCUUUGAAGCUGUGGAUAUCAAGGCAUGGUUUGGUUUGCUGCAUCCUGCGAUGGAGGGAGAUGUGGACUAUGUGGGAGAGGACGAGAUCCACUACCAUUUCAGCCCGGAGGGCGAAGAGCCCCUCUUUCCUUACGGACCUGCCUUGGUCGAAGUUGCUCAGGCUCACUAUUCCUUCAGCACUGCGGACGAGGGGAUGCCCAAAGACGUUCCGGAAUGUCCCCCGAAUUUUACAGGGGUGUCAGAAGAACGCUUUCAGAAGCUAGAGUUGGCGCUGGAAGGGAUGCAGAGAGGGCUUCAACAACUGCUUGGUGCACGAGUAGGGGCCUCUCCAAAGACCUUGGCUCGUCCUCUACCGCAUCCACCUACGAACAAGGCACCCAAAAGCAAUGCAGCGGGAUCCCAGGAGAUUGCGGGCCUGGAACCAGAGGUUGUUCAGUCAGCUUUGGCGGCGGGUAUCCCUAUGGCUCACUUGGAAGAGAUGGGAUCCAUUUUGAAAGGGAAACCUCGGCGGAUAGAAGAGCUGCCCCGGAAGAAGCCUGUCCGGAAACCAAAGCAAGGUCCUUUGAGCGAAAGCGAAGAAGAGGAGGAUGUGGAGGUAGAAGAGGAAGGCCUUCCUUCCGGCGGAUCUGGAGAGCAAGAUGGUGCUGGGCCUCAGCGCAACAUGGAGCGAGCAAUAGUGAAACUCACUGCGAUUGCCUCAAAGCUGGCGGGUCCCAAGGAGAAGCACAAGAUCGACACCUUGUUGGACGGCGGCAGUGGUGGAGUCGCUGGAAGCGAGAGCAGCUCGAUUGGUGCUGGAAGAAAGAAUGCUGCAGCUAUGCGAGCAUUGCAGAAAUGCCUGUUGGAAGAUCCCAAAUACAUCUUUCAGAUCAUGGAGGCCAAUUUGCAGAGCGAUUUCCUUGCCCGGCCGAUUCAGCCGGGAGAACCACUUGCCUCCGGCACCACUGUGAGGGGCUGGCUGAGUGCCCGCUCCAGGAUUCAACUUUACCACAAUCAUGUCCGCUGGGCUUGGCAGGUUGGCGGAAUUUGGGACUGUCUCAUAGCUGGGAGAAACGAGGAGGCGAGAGCGAGGUGUGCCUUGCUGAUUGGAGCGGCAGACCAGGCUUCAAUAGAUGGGGGCAACUGGGUAGUGUCAAAUGUGGCCCUGCUGGAAGCUCCGCCUCCUUAUCAGAGCUUUGCGACGCAUCAGUCUCCAUCGCCACUCGAGCUGCAGCACAGUGUCCUUUACGACCAUCGCUGGGCGGAAACAUUCCUGGGGCACCUGAAGGAGGUGGAUUCGUUUGUGGACGCCAAGAAGAAACUUGGCUCCGGGAAGGGCUCUCAGAGAGACCAAUCAGAGACUGGGAGCAACCAGCCCAAACCCAAGCCGAAGGCGAAGGCAAAAGAGAAGGGAGACAAAGGCCGAAAAGGGCAGGAGAGUUCCUCGCAGGAAGCGGGGGGAAGUUCUUUUGCACGAAGUUUGCUUGCCUGGCAGUUUGCGCCUCCUACUGGGGAGGUGACGGGCUCUGCAGAACUCUUUCCUCUCCCUCUGCCGUACCCUGAGGUUUUUCAGAGUUCAAUGGAACGUUUUGACAAACGCAACGCGCUGAAGAAAGGCACUGUGGCAAUUGUCAUAGGACUGAACUACCUCUUCUUGCACAGGUCCAAACAUGUGGGCGAUGCUUUUGGAGAGCGGAGGAAGCUGAAUAGAAAUCAGUGGGAGGCGGUUCGAAGAAUCGAGAAGUUUUUGCAAGCCUGGAUAGAAGUUUCACCAAUAAGUCCUGAAGUCAUGGGUCGGACGUCUGGAAAAGUUGAAAGCCUCGAAGAGAUGCUGACCGAACUUCAUGAGCAUGCUCAGAUUCUAGCGAAGUCUGGAACUGGGUAUUUUCAGUCUCCACGAAAAACUGAGAAGCCUGGGCGACCAGUUCCCGUCCCGGCCUCAAAAGGCAAGCUGCUGACCACAGAGACCUUUUCCACCUUUAAGCAAGUCGAAGCCAGCAGGUUGACGUUUGUAGGGAAACCAGAGUUUGACCCUAGCCCAUAUUUAGAUCCCAUCAGCAGAAGGAUCUUCAAUGACCCCCUUGUGUGCAGGGAACCUCCUGAGUUUUGUUCAGAGCGACCUCCAAAGAUGCGGGUGCAUUGCAGCAGGAACCAGAAGAUAAAGCUCUUUUCUCUGCUUGAUGCUACGGACAGGUUGCGUGUCCACCUACCUCACGAAGUUUUCCCUCGCUAUGGCUCUGGUUUGUUUGCAGUGCCGAAAGACCUAGAACGAGACAGGCUAAUUCUUGACUCCAGAGGGGCGAACCUACUGGAGACUCCACCGCAGCGGUGGAUUAAGAGUUUGGCUUCUGCAGAAACUUUGUGUAGGAUCAGCUUGGAAGAUGAUGAGGUUUUAGCAUGUUCUGGGAAUGACCUUAAAGGACCUAUGCACCCGCAAGAGCUGGUUGGUUUGCGAGCGCUGCGGCAAGAGCACCUGCAGUCGAAAGUCGUCUAUGGGUCUCUGAAUACUCUGGCCAUGGGUGAUUGCCAAGCAGUCGAGCUUGCUCAGAGCUGUCACCUUGGUUUAGUCCUCCAGAAAGGAAUUGUCGACUCCGACAGCCUUACCACCAUGUACAAGCCUGUACCAAGAUCACGAACCAUGGUGGGGUUGGUCAUAGAUGAUUUCGUCAGCAUGAGCAAAGUGAAGGAGUUGGUUUUUGAGAAAGGUUCCAGCGAAGGGGCUCAGCGAGCUGAGAAGAUGCAGAACGCAUAUCAAGAGGUCAAGCUCAUACCAAACGUCAAAAAGGGGUUCAGAGACGAGUUGCAGUGCAGUUUUUGGGGUGCUGACGUUGAUGGAAAAAAUGGUUUGGUUAGGGGCUCACUUAAGAGAGCAGUGCCGCUGGCUGGAAUCAUCUUGAGGCUGGUCAGAAUAGGACAUUGCAGUGGACAUUUGAUGCAGGUCAUAGUGGGCGCCAUCAUUUCAUUGUUUCUUUUCCGUCGGAGACUCCUCUGCCUUUUGGACUCAUGCUUUGACUCUUACAGGGGAAGACCAAUGGAUGAAAUUUUUCCUCUCUCAGGGCGGUGCAAAAGUGAUUUGCUUUUGGUGGUCAUUUUGCUCCCCAUGGCCGCCACCAACUUGCAAGCUGGAACACCUGAGCUGGUUGCAGCCGCAGACGCCUCAAAUUGGGGAGAAGCCGGAGUUUACAGCCGCAUCCCACGACUAGUGGGGAAAGAGCUCACACGGCACUGUCUGCGAAAGUCUGUUUGGGUGCGCUUACUGACGCCAAGCCAAGCAGUUCUAAGGAGUCAUGGUUUGCUACCUGAAGAGGAAGAGUUACCAGACCACGAAGAGUGUUUCAAGAGCAAUCCUCUGUGGACCUGGCUUGCUGAAGGUCUCAACUACAAUCUGCUUUUUGCAAAAGCCAAGACUGGAAACCGGCACAUCAACAUAGGUGAGGUUAGGGGUGUCUUGCGCACUGAGAAACUCUUGGGCCUGCGUCGCCCCAGCUGCAGACACCUAGUUGGUGCCGACUCUCAGGUAGCUCUGGGCGCUUUAGUGAAAGGGCGCUCAAGUAGUGCGGCUAUCAACGAGGAGCUGAGCCGGUCUUUGCCUUGGAUGUUGGGGCUUGAUUCCUAUUUGGACUUGAUGUACUUCAACACUCUUAGCAACAGAGCAGAUGACCCAACAGAGGGAAGGACAGAACAGACUGACGUUAGCAGCACAGAGAAAGACCCUGCCCUGCCUGAGACUUUUCGAAAGGGGGCCGCAGUACAGGUGGAAGAACCCUUGCCGAGCUCUACUUCGUCAGCGCAGCUCAAUUGUGAGACUGCGGGUCACGGUCGGGGUUCCCCAUCGGUGGGCUGCUGGCCGUCGCCAGACAGGCGGCAUAGUCACGAAGCCUCAAAUGCUUGUGACAGCACCGAAGCGGCAGCGGCGGGGGCGAAGUUAUCUACGACAGCCACUAACCAGAGAAAAGAACAGAAGAAGCGGGUGAGAUCUGCUACCAGAUCCUUGCCACCCCUUUUGAGCGCUGAAGCCAAAGAAGCCCUUCGGAGUUUUCCUGUGGGACAAGUAGUACGCAGUGCGGGAGUCAGCUGGCCGCCUAAACGAGCUGGAUUCCUUGACUUGUUCUCAGGCGAACGAGGGGUCGCAAAGGAGCUCUCAAGACAGUGGUGCACCUGGAGCCUCUGCUUCGACUUGGAGCACAGCCCAAACGAGGACCUAGACGAUCCAAAGUUGCGGACUCAGCUCAUUCAGCUUUUGCGUCUAGGUUGUUUUGUCGGAGCAGGAGGUGGACCUGUUUGUUCCAGUUUCUCUAUGGCCGUACGGCCACCAGUUCGCUCAAGUGAAGAGCCCUAUGGUAGGAGUGAGCUGAAUGAAAAGAUGCGAGCCAAAGUUGAAGCGGGAAACAGCAUGGCGAUUUGGUUUUUUGAACUGCUGGAUGCUGCUUUACAUGAGGGUUUGGUAGUGUGGAUUGAAAAUCCCACGGCGUCUUGGAUGUUCCGUUUGCCUGAGUGGAAGCGAAUGCUUGACAAGUGGCCUGAACUUAAAGCUUGGAUCGUUGACUACUGCCGGUUUGGCACUAAGUGGCGGAAACGUACCAAGUUCUUUAGCAACACUUGUUUAGGAGUGGCAGCAGCGAUCGCCAGAGCGUUAGCUAUAGCUACUGAACUUGCGAAGGAGGACAGGACGCUCAGCCGUGCCAGCGUUAGCUCAGCCAUGGCCCACCCGGCGCUGCUGGUUCUGUUGGCUCGAGAGUAUGGCGAACCUUUAGCAGCCUUGAGGAAAGACCUGAUCCUUCCCAGAGACAUGCUUAGCUCAGACUCCAGCUUGGCAUACCUCAAAAUCCAAAAGCCAAAGACAAGGUUUCGUGGUGGCGGCCGAACACAACACUUAGCCGUCCACGACGCCGAGUUUGCUUUUCUCCUAGACUCAGUUUUUGCAUCCCUGAGCUCAGAAGACAGUCUGUUGGAAUGCUCGCCAAGUGCUUUCAGGCGGCGUUGGGAUGCAAUUCUCAGAGCUCUGCAGAUUGGAAAGGAAAGUGGGCUUACACCUGGUGGAGUGCGAGGUGGAGGUUGUGUCCACGCCUUUCAAACUGGAGUGAGCCUACCAACCUUACUUUGGAGGAUGCGGAUUCGCCACUUGCAGACCCUUGAAAGCUACUUACAGGAAGUCAUAGCUUCUACUGUAAUCAGCGAGCUCAGACCUGAAGCUCGACAGAAUGUGAUGUGUGCUGCUGCGUUAGCUCCUGUCCUAAUACGAAAGCGGGACCACUGGCAAGCGUGUUUGCUGAGCUGCAGGGUCAGCCAACCGGGGCAGGAUUUCCAGAAGCUGCUGCUGAAACGCCGCGCCUUGGAAAACAUCGUCAGCAUGGCCGAGAAAACCGACGCCGCUCGGGAGGCCGUCUUUUCGUAUGGCUCGGAGUGCCAGGACAUCCACAUUCUGGAGCUGCUAGAGCUUUGUGCGCAACUGCCACCCCGCAGCAAAGCAGUGGGGAUGAAGCUUGGCCAAGGAGUGACUUGGAUCCGUCGCGGUCCGGUCGCGGUUGCCCCGGUGGGUGACUGGACGCUGGCAGAGCAGUUACAGAGGAUUUGGCCAAAGGAGCCGAAUUCCAAGGUGCCUGCCACGGUCCCCGGCCGCGUUCUGGAGCUCUGCCGACUUCUGGCUGAAGCGCAGCGGGUGGAGCGAGAGCUUCGCAAGGCAGCGGCCGAAGCGCACGGAGGCUCGCUACCUCUUUCUUCGGACGACUGGCCCAGUGAAGCCUUGGCCGCUCCAUUGGUGGCACGCUUUCGGCACCAUUUCUGUCGCGCGGACAGUGACCUCUGCCGCAUGGAUAAGCCGGAGUGGGCCUUCCGAUACUUAACGGACCUCCUCUCCGACCAUCUGGCUGAGCUGGACAGCUGGGGUGCCUCUCAGCUCUCGGAGGGGCUGUGCCAAAGCCUGGCUCAGGAAGCGCGACUCUUUCUGCGCCUGCGGAUGCCGCUGCUGGCCAAAGAUGAAGGCGGCAGAACCUUGCUGUACCAGACCCUGCAGCAGCUGGUGAAGUUUCACGCUUCCAUGCAGGCCCUGGGUGGCGAGAGCUGCACCCAGGUCUUGAUGAAGGACUUUGAUAUGAAUCGGCCCUUAGAGGAGCUCUCCAGUCCCAGCCCGACGCGCCCGCGGGAGGGAGGCCUCAUUGCAGCACGCCUAGCGCGGGCGGUGCGUGGUCGAGAGGAGGAACUACCUCUGGGCUUUUUGGAUGUUUUCACCUCGGCCGAUGCCUCCUUCAUCGCUGAAAAGCUGGAGAGCGCACUACAAAGCAGCGCAUGGCGGGUGCAGCCGGUGGAUGCGAAGACGGACGGGAGUCCAGAGAUCUUCGCCUUGGGCACCUUGCUGCCGGACCUCUUGGAGCGCGCAGCCGAGCGCUGCGCGUGCCUGGCGACGGAGGUGGCACGCAGAAGCUACUGCAACCUGGUCCUGGCGCCAGGCCUGCGGCAGAGUGCCACAGCGUUGAAGCAACGCUGGAACGACCUAGCGGAUCCCUUGAAAGCUCCACAGGAGGUGGAUAGACUACUGGAGACGCUGCAGGAGCUCUGCGUGUUUCUGGACGGCUUUUCCUUGGCGAAGCACAUAGUGACCGCAUGUGACGAGCUGAGGGAACUGCAAGUGUUGAUCAGAAAGAAACUCUUGGAACUGCAAGCUGAAGAUGACUGA